AUGGGUGUUUACCAUUGUGACAUUAAACCAGAGAACAUUCUAUUAGAUGCUUCCGAUAAUGUCUACCUAUGCGAUUUUGGGUUGGCAACGGACUCUAAAUACCUGGCACCUAAUGUGUGCGUCGGAAGUUUCUACUACAUGGCACCAGAGAGAAUAUUGUACUCUAGCGCUCCUUUAGAAACUGAAACUGCUGUUCUGCCUACAGCUACAAGUGAUAUCUGGUCCCUAGGUAUUAUAUUGAUCAACUUAGUAUGCAUGAGAAACCCAUGGUUGAAGGCUCACCAAGGUGAGGAUG